AUGGCGGUCCCCAUUUACCAGCGGGACCGCGCCGUGCAGGCUGACGAGGCAGCGAUCGACCUGGCCCGGGCCGUCUCCGGCAGCGGCGUGGCCGGCGCAACCCUCUCCGCGUCCGCGGCGGCCGCCCACGCCAAAGCGCUCGGCCCGGGCAAGGCGCCGCCGCCCCUGCCGAAAAGCGCGCUCGGUCAAGAGGCAGAGCCUCGGUCCGAGGGCGGAGGCGGCGGCGGCGAGGUCAGUGGUGCCGCGUGGCUGCUCUCCGCGCUGUCGCACACGCUGCCGCUGACCGGGACGGUGCUGCUGCUCAUGCUGACGCGCAUCCCGGCCCUCAAGAUCAAGGGCGCCCUGCAGUCCCCCACGCCCAAGUUCACCUGGCGGCUGGGCACCCUCGGGGACUUUGGUAUCAGCGCCAGCCUGGUGGUCCAGCUGCAGGACGUGCUGAGGGCGGGCGUCUCCUGGAAGUUCGAGUUGCUGUAUGUGCCGUUCAUACUGCCGUUCUUUGCCAUGAGCCUCGUCACCGUCCUGCUGCAUCGCCGCAAGAUGGCGGCGGCCUGGCACGUGCCAUUCAGAGAGGCCGUCAGCCGCGUCAAGGGCAUCAUGGUGGCCACCUUUGGGGCACUGGUGUUGGUGCAGCUUAUCCGCCAGGGGGGCGCCGACUCACCCGCCUACCAAAUCGGGUACCACCUCAGCGGUGCCCUGGCGCAGGGCUUCCUGGCCAUCUCUGCGCUGCUGGGGGCCAUAGGCAGCUUCUUCAGCGGCAGCACAACAGUCAGCAACCUCACUUUUGGGGAGAUUCAAGAGGCGGUGCCAGAGGCGGCGUUCCUCAGGCGCACCCUGCCUGUCGGCAUCCUGGCAUGCCUGGUCGCCCAGGCCGCGGGCCUCAUUUUCACGCUGGGCAACGUGCUACCUGACGCGGCGGAGCCCGUCAUCCCCACCUGA